AUGCUGCCCAAUAGAAAGCGUGAGCGAGGCGCUGCCGGCGAGCCCGAGAGCGCUGCACCAAGCAGCACUGCUGUGAAACGAACGCCUAUGACCUCCAAAGCCUCGUCUCAUGCUUCCCCUUCUUUGCAUGGCCCGCUGCGACCACGAAUGGUUAACCUGGCAUCUGAUAGGAGCAGUGAAAAGGAGGCUUUGGCACUUCGUCCUCCAGUCGCGACUCAAGGAGCUCCUCGUGAUGUCACUGCUGUUCAAGCAGUGCGGCGGCCCCAUCACACGAACAGCACGACCACUCGUUCUGUCGCAGACUCAUCGCAAGGCGGCAUCACUAACGCUUCCCCACGCAGUAGGGACUCAGCAGCGUCGGCAUCCUCAACUGCUGCUCGUGCACCGCUGAGGCGUGGCCGGCCUCAGCAGCCGCUUCGGCCACCACUGUCGCGUUCCGCCAUGCCGAGCACGCCACGGAGGGCGAUGUUACCUUCAGGAAGAGGGCGUGGCGCUACUGGCCUUCGCUCUCACGUAGAUCAUGCUAUCACAGGCGCGACCUCCCUCUCUACGGCGGGUGCCAAGAGUGGCAACGCCGCCUCACCUUCAGACCCACCUCCCACUGAGUCUGAGAGACAGCUUUGGGCCACGUGGCGGGAAAAGCGCGAGCGGCUCGAGCGUGAGGUGCAGUCACUGGCUCAGUACUCGCAUAAGUUGACGGAGGAAACACAGGCGGUCCAAGACGCCAUCGAGGGCAUGCUCACCGAGUUCGAAGACGAGAAGAAGCGAGUCGAAGAACACCACAACGCCACGGUGGCGCGCUACCAGGGCUUCAUGAGUGCCCUGCGCGUACGCGAGGAAGCCUGUCUGUCAGCGAGGCAGCGAGCGCUGGAUCGCAUCUGCACGUCUCGAGAGACUGUGAGUCAACUGCAGCGAGAGCAGGCAGCAACGCAGGGUGCCAUCAUCUCGGCGACAGACGAGCGUGAUGGGCUGGAGCAGCAGUUGGCCAGCGCAAAUGACGCGGCGGCAGAGCGUACGAUCAGCCUUCAACAGCUGCAGCAAGAGGAGGAUCGCAUGCGGGAUGCCACCUAUGGCCUUAGCGGGGAGGUGAAGGAAUUGGUACUGGAGAUGGAGCGACUCCGAAAAGAGAAGCACCGCAUGGAUGUGGAGUCGAUGGAGACCGAGGUGGCUCGGCGGGAGCUCUACUCUCUCUGCGAGGAGCUAAAAGGCUCUAUUCGUGUCUACUGCCGUGUGAAGGGUGCUGCCCUGCCAGUAGAGCCGCAACUCCCACGUGACGACACCCUGUGCGACGAGGCGUCGGAGCCGCAAGCCAUUGGUUUGUCGAAGCCAGAGGAUAUCGGCACCCAUUUGAGUGAGAGCGCUGAAGCUACUGCCGUUGCGUCUGUCGAGAUGCCCCCUCUCUGCCGGCCACUCAGCCGCAGUGGCUCGCUAGAGUCGUCUCUCUCAGCCGCCGUGCUGGCGGUCUCGAGUAUUCCCACGACCAACACAGAGGCAAUGGUUAUGACAACAGACGCCCGGCACAAUACCCCUGGUGGUGGGUUGCGUAGCGGAAACUCCACGACGAGAUCAAGCGUGGCCACGGCAAGCAUCAUGGGGGACGGCGAGGCCGACGCAGCUGCAGAUGAAGGGGCAGCACCCGUCUUUUCCUUCCCGGAUCAGGGGGAGGGGGAUCCCCUCAGCGACGCUAACCGCAAGGCGGGUCAGGGUGGGCUCCCGCAAGUGCGUGGAGCAGCGCCGACGGGGACGACGGGCAGCACCACGACAACCCUCGCCCACGCCGUGACGCCGCUCCUCUGCACUUCGACAGCGCAGGGCGGGGAAGAAGAAGGGGGACAUUUUCUCACUGCUGCUGCUGUGGUAGGUCUGCCGUACGGUUGCGGGCGAUGCAUCACGAUCCAUCAGACGCGCUCCAACGCCACUUCGACAGGCCUCAGCAGCUUCACGGAGACCUUCACCUACGAUAAAGUUUUCACUGGCGAGGCACAACAGGCGGAAGUGUACUGCGAUGUGGAGCCACUCGUGCGCAACGCUGUUGACGGCUACCGUGUGUGCAUUUUCGCGUAUGGACAGACAGGCAGCGGCAAGACCUUUACUAUGGAGGGCGACGUGCGAGGCAGACCGGAGUUGUACGGCGUUACUCCACGCGCUCUUCAGACGGUACUACAGCGGCAAGCCGAGCUCGCCAACGAGGGCUGGAGCUACGAGCUUUCCUGCACGUUUAUUGAGAUCUACAACGAUGUCAUCCGUGACCUGUUUCAAAGUGGAUCGACAAGAUACGAGGCGGCGGUGCAGCAGCAGCAGCAGCAGGCCGCCAUGACAGCGUCCACCACCUCUUCUGCUGUGUACCACACAAUCAAGCACAGUGGGGACCGCACGUACAUCACCAACGUGGUAGAACGAAAUAUACGUAGCAUGGGGGAGUUCCUGCAGCUCUACAAGCACGCGGUGCUGCAGCGCAGCACCGCCAAGACGGGCCUUAACAAUGCCUCCUCGCGCUCGCACUGCAUCUUUACACUGCACAUUUCUGGCACAAACGGGACUAUUCGUCAACGCAGCGACGGAGUGCUUUGCCUUGUCGACCUCGCAGGCAGCGAGCGCGUCAACGACAGCGGCGUGCAGGGGAAGCAAUUCAAGGAAGCGGUGAACAUCAACCGCUCUCUGUUGGACCUCGGCAAGUGUAUCCGCGCGCUGCGCUGCGGGGCAGUGGUGCCAUGGCGUAACUGCAAGCUCACAUAUCUCCUCCAGAAUUACCUUGGCGCCAAGGGCGGAAAGAUGCUGAUGAUCGUGACGGUCUCUCAUGCAAGGGCACACGCGCUGGAGAGCUUGAACUCACUACGGUUUGCGGCUCAAGUUCAGGAAACAUACGUGGGCACGUCUGUGAAGCGCGUGACAAGCAUUUAA